AUGAACCUCUUUCGACUCUUGGCCGAUUUCUCCCACCUGGCGUCGAUCUUCAUGCUGCUCCAGAAGAUGAAGACGUCAAGCAGCUGCUCCGGGUUGUCUUUCAAGUCCCAGGUCCUUUAUCUCCUCGUUUUUGUCACUCGUUAUCUUGACCUCUUCUGGACCUUCACCGAGUCACUGUACCUCACCACCUUCAAGCUUCUCUUCAUUGGCUCCUCUGCCUAUGUCAUCUAUCUGAUGCUUAACGAUUACAAACCAACCCACGACCCCAACAUCGAUACUUUCAAGGUCCAGUACCUCCUGGGAAUCAGCGCGGUGCUUGCGAUUCUCUUCCCCCACGAUUAUCGUAUUUCCGAGAUCCUCUGGACAUUCUCAAUCUGGCUGGAGUCGGUUGCCAUUUUGCCUCAGCUGUUCAUGCUCCAGCGGACCGGAGAGGCGGAUACGAUCACCACGCACUACCUGUUUGCUUUGGGUCUCUACCGGGCCCUCUACAUUCCCAAUUGGAUGUUCCGAUACUUCACCGAGGCUUCGUUUCAGCGUUCUUUCCAGCCUGUUCCCAUCCUGGCAGGAAUCAUCCAAACCCUGCUUUAUUCGGACUUUUUCUACAUCUAUUACAACAAGUAA